GGAAAACUUUUACAAAUACUUAACAUUUUAUUGAAUUAUUUCCUUGCAAUUUAAUUCUUCUCAUAAAUUUUAGUUUUAUCCGGAAAAACCUGGAAUAGUUUCGUAAAAUUCUAAAGAAGACGAAGGACGCUCAAAACUUGUUGCGUGGCAAAUAUGUCCGUUAAACGUUUCUUGGCGCCAGAUUUUCUAUUUUUAACGCAUUCGCGUGUCCCACAAAGAGCGGCACAGUGGAAAAAAAAUGAUAAAGUUACGUGUCACCCAAUGAGCAUGACAGUUGUUCCGGCAUCGUAAAUAUACCUCAAUUUUAUCAAUUUACCUCAAUUCUAUCAGUUUUUACGGCUAUUUAGUAAGAAAAAAAGUUUCUGGGGCUACACCCACAACAUACCAUGUGGAUUAAAGUUGAAAGCAUAAUCCUAACGCUUACUGUAGUUGAUUUAUUUGGUGGUUAUGUGUGGUCAGAAAUACCACGACCCCGGGGAGUCUCAAUUUCCAGGGCGAAUCUCUACGCCACGUCGGGUGAUUCAUUCACUUGCCUCGAUGGCCUGAAGACCAUCAAGUAUAAUCAGAUAAAUGAUGACUUCUGCGACUGCUUAGACAGUAGCGAUGAGCCGGGAACAGCGGCGUGUCCGGAUGGGAAGUUCCACUGCACAAAUGCUGGACAUAAACCAAAAACGAUACCCAGUUCCAGAGUGAAUGAUGGUAUCUGCGAUUGCUGUGAUGCUUCCGAUGAGUACGAUUCUGGUGCAAAAUGUGUCAAUAACUGCAGCGAACUCGGUAAGGAGGAUCGCUUGAGAGAGAAACAGAAGGCAGAAUUGGCAAAAAUGGGAAGUCAAAUGCGUGCUGAAAUGGUGCGCAAGGGCAAAGCACUCAGAGAGGAACAUAAAAGUCGCCUGAGUGAGUUGGAGAGAGCACGUGAAGAGGCAGAAUCGCUCAAGCAGGAACGUGAGAAGAUCAAGCAGGAUGCUGAAGAAUUGGAGAAUGCAGCUUUGCAGAUUUACCGUGAUGCAGCUGAGGCGGAGAAGAGGGAGCGUGAAGAAGUUGAAGCCGAGAAUAACAAGAAUGAAGCUGAAGAAACAUUCAGAAAGUAUGAUUCCAAUGGGGAUGGCGUGAUUGAAAUUGCUGAGCUGCAGACACGUAUUGUAUUUGAUCGGAAUCGCGAUGGGCAAGUUAGUGUGGAGGAAGCAAAAUUCUUCCUUGAGGAACACGAUCAAAUUGAUUUGGAGACUUUUGUUACACUCGCCUGGCCACGCAUUAAGCCCUUCCUGAUGCUCGAUUCGGGACUAUUCAAGCCACCCGCUGAGGAGCCCACGGAGGAGGAACAAUACGGACAAGAUGGAGAGCACAUUGGUGAGGAUCGUGGUGAAUUCACAGAUGAGGCCGAAGAGGAGGAAGAGGAAGAGGAGACAGGUGAAGGCGAGGUGGAGCCCAUUGAUGACGGAAUAGAUGAUGAGGUAGAAGAGACGACGCCACAAGCGCCUGAAUAUGAUCCCGAGACGCAAAAACUCGUGGAGAUGGCAAAUGAGGCGAGAAAUCAAUUUUCAGUGGCGGACCGAGAACUCAGGGAAAUCGAUACGGAUUUGCAAAAUCUCAAGGAUGCCAUUGAGAAGGAUUAUGGGCUUGAGGAUGAAUUUGCACCACUCAAUGGCGAAUGCUUCAGCUACGAAGAUCGUGAAUAUGUGUACAAGUUGUGCCUCUUUGAUCGGGCUAGUCAACAGCCACGUUCUGGAGGAGCUGAAACAAGAUUGGGAGCUUGGGAUAAAUGGAUUGGUAAACCAAAUCCAUACUCAACGAUGCUCUAUGCAAAUGGAGCUUCAUGCUGGAAUGGUCCACAGAGAUCUGCAACGGUUCACGUGGAAUGUGGUCUAGAUACGAGGAUCACGGGUGUUUCGGAGCCAAAUCGCUGUGAGUAUGUUUAUACAUUGGAAACACCAGCUGCCUGCAGUUUGCCUGCCAACACGGGAAAAGAUCCAUCCGAUAGAGCGGAUUCCCAUGAUGAAUUGUAAAAGGGGAAAUUCGAAAAUCACGGAGAGUCAUGAUAGUGAUAUUUGUCAUCUUUCGCAACAAGAAAUCCAUCGAGAGAAUAUAAGAAAAGAAAAAAAAAACUUUCAGGUUCAACACAAAAAGGUCUUCUACACAGAAUUUUGUACUGUAGAAGCACGUAAAAGAAUUGAACUACAUUUUAAAUAGCAAAAAAUCAUUCCUUUUUGUGUUUCCUUUCCAUCAUUUAUGGUUUUUAUGUGUAAAAGAUGGAGAAGAAUAAAAUGAUUAUUGAUUAAUGAAAGAAA